UAAGAGCACAAAGUUUAGAUUCACACACACUCUCACCGGUUUCAAUCCACUAAUUAAACAAAACGAGAGGCAUGUGCAAAUGUCUUCAUUAUGGAAGUAUAAUGUACGUCAAUUAAACCACUUCACCAACUAUAAAACACUUAAUGUAAUGUCUAUUGUUAAACCAUCAUCUUCUCAUGGUAUCUUAUCAUAUUUCAGAUAAUGGAAACCAACUUUCCACAAAAUAUUAGCAGUCAUUUAGUCCAAAUAUUUUUCUUCUUUUUCCUUGUUAUUUGUUUCAUAAAUAAUGACCAAGUAAUCUGCCACCAUGAUCAAACCCAAGGCCUAGCAACAUGUGAAUGUCCUCCAGAAAUAAUACCCGAACUACUAAGCUUUGCCGACCAAAGACUGGCCGUGGUUUACCCAAUAAUACAAACAUUCAAGAGCGCCAUCUCCUCUGACCCCUUUGGAAUAACCAAAACCUGGGUUGGCUCCGAUGUGUGCAGCUACACCGGCUUCUACUGUGACAACCCGCCGGAUAAUCUCACCGCUACUACUGUCGCCUCCAUCGACUUCAAUGGCUUCCAACUGGCAGCGCCAACUCUCGACGGCUUCAUAGACCAACUCCCCGACCUCGCACUUUUCCAUGCCAACUCCAACAAAUUCUCUGGCAUCAUUUCUCCUAAAAUCGCAAGCCUACAGUAUCUGU